AUGUCGACCACAGCUCAAUUUAAUCUGCUAACCACAAUUACUACACAAUCCACUGUCGUAACAACGUCUCCAGUGCAAACCGUUCCUUCAUACAAUCGACCGAAGCUAGAUACACAUCCAAUGUGGAGUGCUAACGCAAUCACUUUUGCUACCAGCAGUACCGUGGGAUCAUCACCUUACGGUAUCUUCAUCACCAUCAACAACACCAUCUAUGUUGCCGAUCGAACCAACUAUCGUGUUCAGAUUUGGUCUAAUGGAAGUGACAUUCCAUCACAAUCCAUCUACGGUACCUAUAUGAACUCAUAUUCACUUUUUGUCACGACCAAUGGUGAUAUUUUCGUUGAUAAUGGAUACUAUAAUGGUCGAGUAGAUAAACGAACAACAAUAACAAAUACAAGUGUACCUGUCAUGUAUAUUAGUUCAUCAUGCUUUGGUUUAUUUGUUGAUCUGACUGAUACUCUCUAUUGUUCAAUGAGCAAUUACCAUCAAGUCAUUGCAAAAUCAUUACAGAGUAGUUCCAAUAUCAUUACAACAAUAGCAGGCACUGGUUGCUAUGGAUCCACUUCAUAUCAACUCUAUUAUCCUAUGGGAAUAUUUGUGGAUACCAAUUCUGAUCUAUAUGUAGCAGAUCAAUACAAUCAUCGUAUUCAGCUCUUUCGUUCAGGACAACUUACCGGUAUUACAGUUGCUGGGAGUACAUCGAUCAAUCUUACUAUUCCACUUUCUUACCCGUCUGGAAUUGCCCUCGACUUCGAUGGUUACCUCUUUAUCGUCGAUAAAUACAACCAUCGCAUUGUUGGAUCAGAUUCAAGUGGCUUUCGCUGCGUUGUUGGAUGCACUGGUAGAGCAGGUUCGAGCUCAAAUCAGUUGUACUAUCCAACAUCGAUGAGUUUUGACAAUCAUGGAAACAUGUUCGUCACUGAUACUAGUAAUAGUCGUAUUCAGAAAUUUAUUCACUUGAAUAAUAGUCGCGUUCCAUCAUACAACCAACCCAAACUUUGCUCGGACGCUUCGUGGAAUCCAAAUGCAACUACAUUUGCUGCUGGAGGAAAUAAUAUAAUUGGUUCGUCACCUUACGGUAUCUUCAUCACCAUCAACAACACCAUCUAUGUUGCCGAUCGAACCAACUAUCGUGUUCAGAUUUGGUCUAAUGGAAGUGACAUUCCAUCACAAUCCAUCUACGGUACCU